UGAAAUUUGAAUGUGAGUGUGAACGAUUUUUAUGUUAUGUUAUGUGGCCCCAUGAUGGCCAGGUGUAACCCCACCCUCCUCCCCCCGGGUGCCUGACUAUGCGCAGCCCAGACUGUAGAUCAGAUUUGAACUGUUUAACAUAUUAUAAGCAUUUAUUUGGGUUUGAAACAUUGUCCUGGGUUCUCCUGUAUGUAAUAUUAAUCUUUUUUUUAUGAAAUGUCAUUUACAGGUCAUCAUUGUUUACAGUUUCCAAUAAGUUGAUUUUUCUUUAAAAUUGUACAGAAUAAGAUAUGGCCACUAGGGGGUAGAAAGUCUAGUAUUGUUUGAUAUGUCAUUUUACACUUUUCAUUUACAGAUAUUCGCUUACUUUACGGUGGAGUUUUUAUUAAUUGUAAAACAAAUAUGUUGGAAGUUACUUUAUAUAACAAAUCAGUUUAUCUCUAUUUAUUCCUCCCUUCUAUUUUAGCAGUGUCUCCGUACAAACAACAACCUACUGUCUGGCUGUGAGGGCGUCUCUAAAGGCAACGAUGAUAAAGAUAACUAACAGACGCUGUCUCAGGAGCAUUGGACAUAAUCGGUGCCGGUUGAAAUGCAGUCACUUAUUUUUAGUUUGUUAUCACAUAGCCACAAAGAUGUUAAGUCAAAAACAAAUUUGAAAAAAGAAAAACCCCAUCAAAACAGAAAGUUUAUACUAUCGAUAAACAACAGAUGACACUGUUUCCUUUGAAAAAGAUUAACACUCCAACCCUGUGGUUACAGGAUCGAGCUUGUGAUCACAUGGUUGCCGGUUUGAAUCCUUCUCCUGGAUGCUAAAUCACAUGAUCAUGAUUGGCUCAUCACAGGAUUUAGAAUUUUCCAAGUCGGAGCAGAUGCCAGCCAUGACUGCCGCUGCGUCCUGAGCGGAGAUGGAAUCCGAGGUGACGGCCAGGAACCGCUCCUGCUGUUUGCCCAGGAAUGAGAGCGACGGCGGACUGAGCGAGUCCCACUCCGGGUCAGUGCCCUCUGCGCUGGCCAGCGUGCUGAUCUUCACCAUCGUGGUGGACAUCCUGGGCAACGUCCUCGUCAUCCUGUCGGUGUACAGAAACAAAAAGCUGAGAAACGCAGGCAACAUCUUCGUGGUGAGUCUGUCCAUAGCAGACCUGGUGGUGGCGUUGUACCCCUACCCUUUGGUCCUGACGGCCAUCUUCCAUAAUGCCUGGAUCAUGGGCGACCUCCACUGCCAGGCCAGCGGCUUCGUCAUGGGCCUGAGCGUGAUCGGCUCCAUCUUCAACAUCACCGCCAUCGCCAUCAACCGCUACUGCUACAUCUGCCACAGCCUCCACUACGACCGUCUCUACAGCCUGAGGAACACCUGCUGCUACCUGGGCCUCACCUGGCUGCUCACCGCCCUCGCCACCGUGCCCAACUUUUUCGUGGGCUCGCUGCAGUACGAUCCCCGCAUCUACUCCUGCACCUUUGCCCAGACAGUCAGCUCCUACUACACCAUCUCGGUGGUGAUUUUCCACUUCCUCAUCCCCCUGCUGGUGGUGUCUUACUGCUACAUGAGGAUAUGGGUGCUGGUGAUUCAAGUCAAACACAGAGUCAAACCCGAGUACAGGACCAAACUGAAACCGAGUGACGUGAGGAACUUCCUGACCAUGUUCAUGGUGUUUGUGUUGUUUGCAGUGUGCUGGGCGCCACUCAACCUCAUAGGACUGGCCGUGGCCAUAAAUCCCGCCAAGGUGGCGCCGAACAUUCCCGAGUGGCUUUUUGUCAGUAGCUAUUUCAUGGCAUAUUUUAAUAGUUGCCUCAACGCCAUCAUAUAUGGACUCCUCAACCAAAACUUUCGCAAGGAGUACAAAACAAUCCUCCUCGCCCUCUGCGUCCCACGUCUGUUCCUCAUGGACACCUCCAGGUGCGUCACAGAGGGCCUGAAGAGCAAGCCCUCACCGGCUGCAACCAACAACAACUUGGUGGCGGAGAUGACCGUGUGACUUUCAGCUGGAAGCUGAAGAUUCACAUUGUGUAAAGUUUCAUGUUGGACGUGGGCCAUGAUUCCAAAAGUGCCUUCUUACAUGGUGUGUGUCAUGUGGAGAGACGUGGGGGAGAAACCCGGGCUUCACCCGGCUCUUAUCAUAAUGCUCAUAUUGAAAGAACAACAUCGGUGGUACAAUCUGCUCCUUUGUGACAGCAUCCCUGUCCUCCAUCUGAUCCUGGAUCUGGUUAAACAAAUAAGCCUUAAAACAUUUUGGACCAUCAGCUGUUUGACCGGUUUCUUUAAAGUCCUUUAGUGUCAGCACACGGCACGUUGACUAUUGGGAGGUGAGAUUGUAAUUCCCGAUCUGACGUGUGUACUUCAAAUGCUUAUUUGCACUGUGUGACCAUUACAGGACUCAUACAUUAAUUAAAAAUUAAAUAUUAAAAAAUAAAAAAUAAAUAAAAAAAACUUUGUUGACCUUUAUUUGAACUGCACUUAGGCUAUAUUGACAUAUAUAAUUACUUCAACCUGAGUAAAUAUUUAACUUCUAUUUCUGUGUUAGCGUUUCUAUCGUUCUACUCAAACAGUGACCUGUUGUUCCAUCCACGUGUUCAGGCUUUUCAACCAUCAAAAACAAUUUUGGGAACCAGUUAAACUUAUUGACACCCUCCU